AUGGUUACGAACACAUAACCUAACUUUUAUAAAGAGGUUAUUUGCUUUGGUAACCUUCGUAACCAAACACAUUUCAAAAAUUGAACUUCGAAAAUGGCUAGAAAAAGGAAAGGACGUUCCGUUAGGAAGAAUCAAAACCGGCUUGGUGAACCGGAAGAAUUAGUACAGGCGCCCCAUUCGUUCGUGAUUAAUAAAGGUGUUACCGAUGGAAAUGUGGCGGAAUUGACCAAAGAUUUCCGUAAAGUUAUGGAACCUUACACCGCAUCCCACCUCAAGACCAGAAAGAAGAACACAAUAAAAGAUUUUGUUUCGAUAGCUGGACCGUUACAUGUUUCCCACAUAUCUGUUUUUUCGAGGUCGGAUCUUGGAUUGUAUUUGAAGAUCGCUAGGCUUCCGAGGGGUCCUACUUUAACGUUCAAAGUGUGCAAUUACUCGUUAGCGAAAGACGUCAUCUCUUCUCUGAAGAAACAAUAUGUAGUCGAAGAAGCCUUCAAGCAUUCACCGCUGGUUGUGUUGAACAGUUUCAGUGGGGAAGGCAUGCAGAUGAAACUGAUGGCUUCCAUGUUUCAAAAUAUGUUUCCCACCCUGAACUUAACAUCAGUAGAUCUUAAUGAUGUUCGAAGAUGUGUAUUACUGAAUUACAACGCAUCAUCCAAAGAGAUAGAUUUUAGGCACUAUGGAAUAAAAAUUGCGCCUGUUAAUAUAUCGAAAGGAGUGAAAAAAGUUGUUCAAGGCAAAGUGCCCAAUUUAGCGAAAUGUUCAGAUAUGGCAGAGUUUUUAACGAAGGCUGGCAUGUUAUCAGAAAGUGAAGCUGAAGAAGACCCAAACAGUCAUGUAAUUUUAGGACAAAAGAUUAUAUCGAGAGGAAAUUUAGAAAGUGGAAAAUCGGCCAUUAAGCUUAGUGAAUUGGGGCCUAGGUUGACUCUGAAACUAUUCAAAAUUGAAGACGGUCUGAUGGACGGAGAAGUGUUGUACCAUGACUUCAUCGAAAAAACCGAAGAAGAAAAAGAAGAAAUAAGAAAAAAGAAAGAGGCUAAUAAGAGGCUUAAAGAAAAGAGGAAAAAAAUUCAAGAAGCUAAUGUUAGAAAGAAAGAGGAAGAAAAACAGGGUAGGAAAAAGAAAAGUAAUGGAGAAGAAAAAGGAGAAAAUGUUUCUAAAAAGAGGCCUUUGGAAGAUGACGGUAAAGAUGAUGAUGAUGACGCCGAGUAUUACAGGCAAGAGGUUGGGGAAGAACCUGACAAAGAUCUUUUCGUGAAGAAAAUCAGAACAGAUAGGUUUAAGAACAAAAAAUUCAAAAAAGCAAAUAAAAACAUGUAAAAUAAAACGUAUAUUUUCA